UGUGGUUUCCGGUAGUAUAGAGUGUAUAGAGUGAAGUUCAGAAUAUCUGUUUUGGUGUAUAAGGAAACUAAUAAGUGUAUUUUGUUGCUGUAACAUAAUAAGAAUUUUAACAAUGGGUGAAGUGGAAGUUGAUCAACGUUUAAGAGAUUUGCAGCGAGAAUAUUUGGACUUCUUAGACGAUGAGGAGGGUGACGGUACUUACUCUCAACUUGUGAAGGACUUGGUUGCAGAUAAAGGCAAGAGGCUCCUUGUCAAUGUAAAUGAUUUACGUCACCGGAACCCUGUAAGGGCUGCAAGCUUGUUGAACAAUGCAUUUGAAGAACAACUGGCAUUUCAGCGUGCACUGAAGGAAUAUGUAGGCAGUGUGGAUCCAACAUACGCUAAAGAUACUGAGGAGCUGUUUGUAGCUUUUGAAGGCAGUUUUGGCAACAAACAUGUGACACCUCGUACACUCAUGUCGAGAUUCCUUGGAAACCUUGUCUGCGUUGAAGGAAUUGUGACAAAAUGUUCCCUUAUACGUCCUAAAGUUGUUCGCAGUGUCCACUAUUGUCCUGCAACGAAGAAAGUGUCGGAGCGUCGGUACACUGACCUCACGUCUUUUGAUGCUUUUCCAUCGAGUUCUGUCUACCCAACAAAGGAUGAAGAUGGCAAUACUCUCGAGACGGAGUAUGGACUGUCGGUAUACAAAGAUCAUCAGACGAUCAGUAUACAGGAGAUGCCUGAGAAGGCACCUGCAGGUCAGUUGCCACGGUCUGUGGAUGUCAUCUGUGAUAAUGACUUAGUGGACAAGUGUAAGCCAGGAGACCGGGUGCAAAUUGUGGGUAACUACAGGUGUUUACCCGGAAAGCAAGGCAACUUCACUACAGGGACAUUCAGAACAGUUCUGAUUGCUAAUAACAUAUCCCAGCUCACAAAGGAGUCGACGCUUCUGAUCACCAGGGAGGAUGUCCAGAAGUGCAAGAAACUGGCUCGUAACAAGAACAUCGAAAUUUUUGAGUUGCUCAGUAGAUCGCUGGCACCUUCCAUUCAUGGACAUGAGUACAUAAAGAAGGCCAUCUUGUGCAUGUUGCUGGGCGGAGUGGAGAAGGUCCUUCCUAAUGGAACACGGCUCCGAGGGGACAUCAACGUUCUCCUGAUAGGGGACCCUAGUGUUGCAAAGUCGCAGUUGCUGCGGUAUGUUCUCUGCACUGCUCCGCGGGCUGUUCCCACUACAGGUCGUGGGUCAUCGGGUGUUGGUCUUACAGCUGCAGUGACAACUGACCAAGAGACUGGAGAGAGGAGGCUUGAGGCUGGAGCCAUGGUGCUUGCUGACAGAGGGGUUGUGUGCAUCGAUGAGUUUGACAAGAUGUCAGACAUGGAUAGAACUGCUAUUCAUGAAGUCAUGGAGCAAGGGAGAGUUACAAUAGCCAAGGCUGGUAUCCACGCUCGUCUGAAUGCUAGGUGCUCCGUGCUUGCCGCUGCCAACCCAGUGUAUGGCAGAUAUGACCAGUAUAAGACUCCUAUGGAGAACAUUGGCCUGCAGGACUCGCUGUUGUCUCGUUUUGAUUUGCUGUUUGUGAUGUUGGACCUGGUUGAUGGGGAGCAUGAUCGCGUCAUUUCAGACCACGUUGUGCGGAUGCAUCGAUACAGAAAUCCUGGUGAACAAGAUGGGGAAGCCCUUCCCAUGGGCUCUUCUGUAGACAUGCUGAGCACGCAGAACCCAGACCUGGCAGAGGGAGACAGUCUGAGCACUCCUAUUUAUGAGAAAUAUGACUCUCUCCUUCAUGGUGGGACACGAAAUCGCAAGGACAAGAUUAUCAGUGUGUCCUUCAUGAAGAAGUACAUUCACAUUGCUAAAUGUAUGAAGCCAACUCUGACUGAAGAAGCUUCUGAAGCCAUUGCUGAAGAGUACUCACGCCUGCGUUCUCAAGACACAGUUGACACUGACGUUGCCAGGACACAACCAGUAACAGCUCGAACCUUGGAGACUCUGAUCCGGCUCUCGACAGCGCAUGCGAAGGCCAGGCUGUCUCGUACUGUUGAUAUCGACGAUGCCCAAGCUGCUAUAGAACUGGUGCAGUUUGCUUAUUUCAAAAAGGUACUGGAAAAAGAGAGAAAGCGGCGUCGUGGUGAUGGAGAUGCAAAUGAAGCCUCCGGAGCUGACAGUGAUGCAGAGGAACACCAGAGAAAGAAGUCUAGAAGGGAUAAGCCGAGAAGGAAACCUGGUGAUGAGAGUUACGACCCUUAUGAUUGGGAUUCUGAAGAGGAAACAGAAGAUGUGACUGACAGGCGCAAGACACGGAGUUCUGCCAAGCUUGCCUCAAAACCCACGUCUGCUACUGAAAUGGAGACUGACAUAUCCGUUCCUGAUGACACAGCUGCGGGUGCAUCUGCAGAACCAGCCUCAUCAGCUGUCAUCAGUGAUGACAGGUUGAAAUCCUUCAAGGCCAGCUUGGUGAAGGUAUUCCGUGAAGAGCGAGCACAGUCUCUGACACUGGAACGAGUUGUGGAAUUUGCAAAUGGAGAGCAGAGCGGUGAGCCAUUCAGCCACGGUGAAGUCUCUGCGGCAGUAACACAGAUGACAGAUGCAAACCAAAUAAUGGUAGCCAGUGGCAUGGUUUUCCUUAUAUAAAUUGUGCACUAUGUGAGUGGGACUGGAGAUUAUUGUAUAAAUUUUUUUCUAAACAUUUCAGUAUGUGAAUAUAAGAAAACUCUUCCCCCAAGUCA